UAUAGGACGUGAACUUAUUUACUCAAUCAAGAAAUAUUUUUGUUUUAUUAUUAUUUAUAUUUUUAUUAUAUUUUAAAUCACUUUAAUAAAUAUUUAAAAUAUUAAUUAUUUUUAUUUCCUAUAUAAUUAAAAGUUCAACAUAAAUGAUAACGAUAAAUUAUAUUGAUGUCCUUAUAAGUAAUUUUGCAUGUUAACAGCUAAUUAAAAAUAGCUAAUCCUACCAAACACUCUUUUACAAACCGCUAACACAAUCAUCUAAUCAAACUAUCCGCUAGUCAAAACAGCAAAUGCAAUCAGCUAUCAGCUAACCGCUGAUUACCAAACAAGGCCAUAUUCUUUUUUAGUUUUUAAAGUUGUAUUGAAUACCACUAAUAUUACAAUUCGAUAAAUCACAUGGGACUAAUGAUGCAAUUCUCGAUGUCAUCUUGCAGGAACACGAUAACUAUCUCAGAGAAUGGAUAUGUCCAUCUCCUCCGUUCACUAUCCUCACGCUCGGACAACCUUCAACCUCACCGGAAAACAAAAUUACGGCAUCGGCAGCACGUCCGUGACCUCUGUCAUUCUCGCCUCGGACUCGUCAAAUGAUUUUGUUCAGAAACCCACCAGCUCCACCGGCGGCCUCCGCCGCCCCACCACUCACAAGUCUCUAAAAACCUCUUCUUCUCGCUCCUCUAAACUAUCAGACAAUCCCCUCAAGAAACUCGUCGAUUCCAAAAAUAGCCUCCCUAUCACCAGUUCAUCAUCCCAUGAUACUCUGAGUAAUAAGCUAUGGCUGUCCAGCAAACUCACGCCUCCGCCCCCAAUUCCACCCGGUACUCUAUUGGAAAAGUUUCACCAGAAAAAUGAUGCGGAAGAUAAGAUCUCAGAGGAAUCGGAUGAAAAAGAAAAAGAAAUGGAGUUCAGGGAGAAAGGCAAGAUAUUUGUGGGUAAUUUACCACUGUGGAUUAAGAAGCAUGAGGUGGUCGAGUUUUUCAGGCAGUUUGGGCCAAUAAAGAGUGUGGUUCUGAUAAAGGGCCAUGAUGAUGUCCAGAGGAAUAUGGGAUUUGGGUUUGUGAUAUACAGUGGGGAUACUGCUGAGGUGUCUGCAAUGAAAGCUGUUGAGUUUGAUGGAGUGGAGUUUCAUGGGAGACUUCUAACUGUGAAGUUGGAUAACGGCAAUAGAUUGAAGGGAAAACACGGUGAGAGGGCAAGGUGGUUGGAGGGCAAAGAUGAGGAGAGAGGAGAUUACAGGUCUAAUUGGCAUGAAGAAAGGGAAGGUUCGCGGAAUGAGUUCCGAAAGAUUCUGGAAUCUCAACCGGAGAAUUGGCAGGCGGUCGUACGAGCUUUUGAAAGGAUUAACAAGCCUUCCAGAAGAGAGUUUGGUUUGAUGGUGAACUAUUAUGGAAGGAGAGGAGACGUGCAUCGUGCACGUGAAACAUUUGAGAAGAUGCGGGCUCGGGGAAUAGAACCAACAUUACACGUAUAUACAAACCUCAUUCAUGCUUAUGCAGUGGCAAGAGACAUGGAAGAUGCACUGUCAUGUGUUAGGAAGAUGAGAGAUGAGGGAAUAGAAAUGAGUUUAGUUACAUACAGCAUUCUUGUUGGGGGAUUUGCAAAAACUGGGAAUGCUGAAGCUGCCGAGAAUUGGUUUGCGGAAGCGAAAGAAAGACUUCAAGAUUUAAAUGGAAUCAUAUAUGGGAGCAUCAUCUAUGCAAAUUGUCAAGUGAGCAACAUGAACCGUGCUGAAGCAUUGGUGAGAGAGAUGGAAGAAGCUGGUAUUGAUGCUCCAAUUGACAUCUAUCACAGCAUGAUGGAUGGUUAUACCAUGGUUCAAAAUGAAGAGAAAUGUUUAAUGGUUUUUGAUAGACUUCAGGAAUGUGGCUUUGCACCUUCGGUGGUUACUUAUGGAUGUCUCAUCAAUCUUUACACUAAGAGUUAUGCAUUGCUUUCUUUCCAGAUUGGAAAAGUGUACAAAGCUUUGGAAGUAAGUGACAUGAUGAGACAGGCAGGAGUUAAGCACAACUUGAAGACUUAUUCAAUGUUGAUCAAUGGUUUUAUCAAUUUGAAAGAUUGGGCUAACGCUUUUUCUGUAUUUGAAGAUGUGAUCAAAGAUGGUCUGAAGCCUGAUGUCAUACUUUACAAUAGCAUCAUUAGAGCCUUUUGUGGCAUGGGUAACACCGAACGUGCUAUUCGGAUGAUUGAUGAAAUGAAAAAGGGGAAGCAUAGACCAACUUCGAGAACAUUUAUGCCCAUAAUUCUUUAUUUUGCUAGAGCUGGAGAUAUGAGAAGAGCUCUUGAUAUUUUUGAUAUGAUGAGGAGAAGUGGAUGCAUUCCCACUGUGCAAACAUACAAUGCGUUGAUUCUAGGGCUUGUUGAAAAACAUCAGAUGAAGAAGGCUGAGGCUAUAUUAGAUGAGAUGGUUGUUGCUGGCAUCAGUCCGAAUCAGCACUCAUACACGACCAUUAUGAAUGGUUAUGCGUCAUUGGGAGACACUGGGAAAGCCUUUGAAUACUUUUCAAAAUUUAAAAAGGAGGGCCUGGAGCUUGAUGUUUUUACUUAUGAGGCCUUACUCAAGGCUUGCUGUAAAUCUGGCAGAAUGCAAAGUGCAUUAGCAGUGACGAAAGAGAUGAAAGCUCAAAAGAUCCCGAGGAAUACUUUUAUCUACAACAUAUUAAUCGAUGGAUGGGCUCGUCGUGGUGAUGUUUGGGAGGCUGCAGAUCUGAUGCAGCAAAUGAGACAAGAAGGAGUACAACCAGACAUCCACACCUACACGUCUUUCAUAAAUGCUUGUUGCAAAGCUGGAGACAUGAUGCGAGCAACAAAAAGCAUGGAGGAGAUGGAAGCGGUUGGGGUGAAGGCAAACUUGAAAACGUACACGACGCUGAUACACGGGUGGUCGCGUGCGUCCCUCCCUGAAAAGGCUCUGAAAUGUUUCGAGGAUAUGAAAGAAGGGGGGAUAGAGGCGGACAGGGCGGUGUACCACUGCCUGAUGACGUCCCUGCUGUCGAGGGCCACUGUUGCUGAGGAGUACGUACGCAAGGGAAUCCUCACACUAUGCCACGAGAUGUCAGCAAGGGGACUGACGGUCGACAUGGGGACAGCCAUACACUGGUCCAGAUGCCUCUACAAGAUCGAGAGGGCCGGUGGUCAAAUCACACAAGCCCUUCAGAGGACUUUCCCACCCGAUUGGAAUUCGCACACCGCAAUAUCCCAUCACCACAUUCACGACAUAGACGACGACUCUGGGGAUUUUAACGAUGAUGACCCAAUUUUUGACUCAACGUUAGGAUUUGUAAACUGAAUUAAUUGCUAGUGUUUGAUUCAUUUUCUUUAUUUAUUGCUGGAUUUGUAAGCGAUUUUUUUUUUUGUUAACAAAAAAGAAAAAAAAAGUGGUAUGGUUAGUUAUUAGUGAGAUUUUGAGUUUAUGUGAAUAAUAUUUAAAAAAUAAUAAUUAAAGUUGAUUUGAUAUAAAAGUAUAAAGAGAUGAUAUAAAGUAAUGAUUAGUUAAAAUUAUGCGAGU